AGACAAGUAGUAAAAUUUAUUUGAGUGAGAGCAAAUAUGACCGAGGCAAAACCCUCUUUUUGAACCAUCCACAUUAUUUACCGGUCCUCUGAACGAACAAAAGCCUAGCCAAUUUCGAUUGACAACACUACAAGUUUAGUUGAGGCUGAGGAUGAAGAGGGCAAUGCCAUGGAGUGAUGAAGAAGAAGAAGAAGACGAUACAUCCUCCUCCUCCGAUGAUACUGACGACAAUUUGGGGUCUGCCAACAUCAAUGCUAAACAUAAAUCUUCUCAAGUUGAGUCUGCAAAGCGGAACAGAAAAGGUGUGGACAUUGAAGCUCUAAGCCGCCACGGGUAUAAAGGUGGAUUAUCUGUCCUGAAAGUUCCACCACCCAAGGAGCCAGAACAGGAACAAAAUUGGUCUUGGUCAAGUGGGAAGGAAACUCGGGAAAAAGAGAAGGAAGAAACUUAUGAGGAGCGUCAGAAGACGAGGGCUUCACUUGCGGAAGCAGAGGAACUGGUUCAUGCACGAACUCAGAAAGAGAGGAAGAACUUUUCUUUCUCACAGAAGGAGAAGAGGAAGAGAGAUCUUGGUCAGGCUAGCAGAGGGAAGAGUUACGUUGAAGAGGAAAAGAGGCUGCUAAGGGAUAAUGGCGUUUACUCUGGGUUUGAUUCCUGAUUCACGAGCUGUUCUUUUUAGCAUUUUUAUCAUGUAAAGUGUUGUAACAGUUGGUUAUGACUACCGUGCACUCCAGAAUAUUGUUGUCAACAUGAAAAUGAAUUUAUGAUACCUCCAUGGUCAUUGCUUAAGUACCAA